UUUUCCCCUCCCGAAUUCUCCCGUCCAGACGAAUCUCGUCAGAUCCGUUUCGUUUGGUCUUCACACGCCCCGUUUUCGUGGGCUAUCAUCAAAGUGCUCCUGGAAAUGAGCAACAGUCUGAAAGUGAAAGUUGACGAACGGCUCGACAUCGCUCGUCUCGUUGAGCAGUACAAAGCAGUACUGUUCAACCCAGACCUGUCAGAGGAUCAAAAGACCGAGGCAUGGUCGCGAAUUCUCGCCGAGUGUACGUCGCGUGGUCAUCAUUGGGUGAAAGGGAAGGAUGUUACAUACCUGAAAAAAUCAAAGUGGCCUGGGAUAAAAAGAGAUGCUAUAGAACACUAUCAAGCUGAUAUGAAAAGCGAUGUUUCACAUAGGAAGAAGCUAACCGAGGCAGAUGUUAUAGUUCUGAAGGCAAUCAGUUUCAACACCGGAAACCUAGGCUCACUGAUGAAAAAAGAAAACUCUGCCCUCGGUACAGAUAUAUAUGACGGUGACGUUACGCAACCAGUUACAGUCGAGGUGAAAACGGGUGAACCACUCGAUCUGCUCGCCUGCGGAAUGCAACUAUCUGGAGAUAUCGAAAAGUUCGACAAUGGACUGCUGGUGAACUUGUUCUCAAAAAACCAUCAGGAAUCACGAAAAACAACUAUAUCUUCGUCUGAGCAGGAACAUCGCUACUCCAAGCGGCAUCGCAUUGAUGAUGAUGGUCCUAUAGAUCAUGAUUUGAUGGCUGCUCUGGGUUUUGGAAAAAAUCGUAACAGAGGUGUUGUGAAUUCAUCGGAGCGAUACGUUCAAAACUCUGUAGAAAAUGACAGCGGCACUUCGGAGCGUGUUACUACCGUUGUGUCGACCGUCAGCUCUGUUUCGACAGUUGCGUCUCCUAAGGAAAGCGCUCGCGAUCUGAAGAGUCUUCAAAAGCGAGCGUAUGAAGCACAAAUCUCUAGGGAGGAGGCGAUGACCAAAUACUAUCAAAUGAAGAUCAAGAAACUCGAAUUGGAGAUCGCCCAAUUGCAGCGCAAUAGAAGUGAAAAUGAGAGUGUGAUUGUAAGCGUUUUAUUAGUAUUCCAAUUCUUGUAG